AAAGUUGGUUCAGACAGGAAGUUAACUACUGUGCGCCACUCGACUCUCCACUCAAAGUAACAUGUAAACUUAAUUCUUGAAUUAAAAGUUAUUAUGUAAAUGUUAAAUCAAAAAGUGAUAAUUGUAAAAUGUUUAUAAUAUGCUUGACGUUACUCGUUCUUAUAGCGCAAGACUGCGCCUCGCAGGAUGAUGAAGGUCCCUACCGAGGAAAGUUUAUAGGAAAACUAAAUUCCUACCACCACCAGGUAUCAGGAGAUGUGUAUGCAGUGGAUGACUUGACAGUGCUGCUGGUGAACUUUAACUAUGACGGGACCGGGGAGGACACAUUCUUCUGGGCCGGGGACUCCGGUAGGCCCGGACCGCAGGGCUUCAUCAUACCUGAUGAGCAUGGCAAGACCAACAUCCUGGAGCGCUACAACGGUGCGGAGGUAGUGCUGCGGCUGGCGGAGGGCAAGCGGCUGUCGCGGCUGCGCUGGCUGGCAGUGUACGACGUGGGCACUCAGAACGCGUUCGGCGACGUGUACGUGCCCGACGAGUUCGACCCCCCCGCGCCCCGCAGCCUCGGCCCGCUCGCGCCCGCGCCCUCCGCGCCCGUCGUCGUCUCCAGCAAGUCCGUGCGCUUCCUCGACGCCAACACCUUCCUAAUUCCCGAGUUCCGGUACGACGGCAGCGGCGAGGAGGUGUACUUCUGGGCGGGCGUGGGGCCGCAGCCCUCCGCGCGGGGCUUCAUCGUUCCCAACGAGCACGGAUACCUGGAGCCGCUGCGCGCGUACCGCGGCGAGGACGUGGCGCUGGAGCUGCCGGGCGGCCGCACCGUGUUCGAGGUGGACUGGCUGGCCGUGUGGGACGCCGCCGAGCGCCGCGCGCUGGCCUCGCUGCUCGUGCCCGACGCGCUCAACGUGCCGCCCGCCAAGCUGCGCACGCACCCGCACAGGACGCGUCUGCCGCACUGCAAGCAGCUGCACCGCGACUACCAGGUGGCGUGGGAGGUGUUCGGCAACCAGAUCACCAUCGAGCUCGCCGCGCAGAUCGAGGACGGCGAGUACAUGGCGUUCGGCGUGUCCGGCAACGAGACGCGGUCGCAGAUGCUGGGCGCCGACGUGGCCGUGGCGUACUUCAACGCCGCGCUGCAGCAGGCCACCGUCGCCGACUACAACGUGACGGCCGUCGCCCCCUGCGUGCAGGUGCUGGGCCGCUGGGCGGGCGUGUGCCGCGACGAGCGCGGCGGCGGCCUCAACAACAACCAGGUGUUCAGCUCCAGCCGACAGGACGGCCUCACCGUCGUCACCUACCGCCGCUCGCUGCAGCCCGACGAGGCGAUGGACCUGGCCUGGCGCACGGAGGGCGUGCAGUACGCGGUGUGGGCGGUGGGCCGGCUGGACGCCCUGGGCGAGCCCGCCUACCACCGCCUGUACCCGCGCGCCGACGUCGCGCUGCGCCUCGCCGCCGCCCCGCCCGCCGACGACUGCUUCGACUUCGUCAUCGGCGAGCGGGCGAGCGUGCGGGCGUGGGAGCGCGCCGAGCUGUUCGACCCGGCGCUGCGCGUGUUCCGCUUCUCGCUGGGCCCGGCGGGGGGCGCGCGCGGGCUGGCCGGCCGCGAGCCGCGCGCCGCCGCCCCGCACCUCGCCUGGUACGUCAACGGCCAGCUGGCGCCCGACCUGCAGCUGCGCCGCGGCCUGCACUACACCUUCAAGGUGUCGGGCGGCAACGAGCCGCACUCGGCGGCGCUGUAUCACCCGCUGGUGGUAACCUCGGAGCCUCACGGCGGCCUCGAGCGGCUGGACGACGCGGCGCAGCGAGCGGUGCGCGUGUUGGCCGGCGCCCGACCCACGCGCCGCGCCCGCCUCGCGCCCGCGCCCGCCGGCCCGCUCUGCCUCGCCACGCGCCCGCCCGAGGCUGACCCGCGGCUGGACGGCGAGUUCGCGACCUUCCGCGCGUACAACCGCACGCUGCGCUGGAGCUGCGCGCCCGGAGACCCCGCGCUGCUCGCCAUAGCGCCCGACACCUCCUGGCCCGACAUCGUCUACUACCACUCCUUCACGCACACAGACAUGGGCGGACGCAUCUUCGUUGUGGACAAGCACCGCCGCAACAUCGCCCGCGGCGCCGCGCCCUCGCUCACGCCCUCCCCCGCGCUCGCCCUGGCCCUGGCCCUAGCCCUGGGCGCGCUGGAGCACGCCCUGCUGCCCCGCCCCCGCUGACUUGAUACACCUCGCUAAAUUAUAUAACAAUUUAUUUUUUUAAUAUUCAGCUUUGUUAUUUAUAAUUAUGUUGGUUUUUCAUAAUUUUGUGCUUCACAAUAAUUGUGCAAUAUUUUGAUAUGUUCAUAUCCUACAAGAAGUAGGCGCGACUUGUUCCGUCCAAUUUGCUCAAUUUGUGCAAUUUCUUCAGGUAAGGAAAUAAAUAUACACAUUUUGUGAUUAUUUUAAUGUAAUAUUGUACAUGAACGAAUUAUUAAUUAAAUUAACUUUGCACUGCCAAUAUUCUUGUAUCCUUACAGAGAA